ACAUUUCCACCCGGCCGCCGCCGCCGCCGCCCCCUGUCCCGCUCUCUACAUCUCGUCCUCCUGAAAUGGCGACGUCGCCGCGCCUCCUCCUCGCGGUGCUGCUACUCUUCGCGUCGGCGGCGGCCCCCUCCGUCGCGGUAAAGUUAGUCGUCGGCGGCGGCAAGCACUGGGCACCCAACGUCAACUACACCGACUGGGCGGAUGGGCACGAGUUCCACGUCGGCGACUGGCUCGAAUUCGACUACGAGAAGGACAGGUACGACGUGGUCCAGGUGAACGAGACGGCGUACAAGACGUGCGACGGCAGCAGCCCGAUCCUCAGCUACAGCCGCGGCCGCAACUUCGUCUUCCGCCUCAACACCACGGGCCGGUUCUACUUCAUCUGCAGCCGCGGCUACUGCUGGAACGGCAUGAAGGUGUCCGUGCUCGUCCGGCCCACGCCGCCGCCACCGGCCGUGGCGCCGUCGUCGUCCCGCGCAUCGCGCGCCCGCGCCGCGGCCGGGGUCUGGCGGUGGGCGGCUCUCACUGCCUUGGUGGGCGUGGCGGUGCUGGCGCCGUUGCCGUUCCGGGUGUGAACACUGGGAGUUCGGCGCAAGCACCGGGGGUUCGGCGCGGGGCCUUCCUGACUGACAUGGUCUACAGCUGUUUGCUACCGUGCUACCCUUUUUUC